GAGCAAUACGGUCCUAAAGAAUGUGGUUAGCCCUAACAUGUAAAGUUCACCGCCAUGAGACGAGCUCGACUCACUGUACUGUAAGUGGUUAUUACUUAUAAUUAAGUUGCCUUAAAUUUCUGCAUGCGAGAGGGUAACAUUAUUUUCAUGUAAAAUUGAUGAUCAAAAUGAUCUUGAUGUGUAUUGGUUUGUGUGGUUCAGGAGUUUAGAAAUGCCUCCUAGAAGGUCAGUUAGAGUGGGUCGAGGUCGAGGUCGAGGCCAAGGCCAAGGCCGAGAUGAUGGAGGGAUCAAUGAACCACCUCAAGCACCACAGGGAUGGGAAGAGCGCAUUGCCGCACUGGAAGGAAUCAUUCAUAGGCAGGAUGAAGAACUUCGUCAGCUGAGACGUCAACCGGAGCCGCCAGUCCAAAUAAGGCAGGAUGCAGAAAAUAGAGACCCACCAGCUGCAGUGGUAUAUCCUGCUACAGAGGCUAGACAUGAGUUGUUAGCAGAGAGAUUUCGGAAACAACACCCACCUGAGUUUGAGGGAGGCAUAGACCCGGUAGUGGCUGAGGAGUGGAUAAGUCGCAUAGAAAGCAUUUUGCAGAUGCUAAGGGUGGAUGGGAAUGACCGAGUGAAGUGUGCAUCUUACAUGCUGAGGAAAGAUGCUCGUAUCUGGUGGGAGGUGGUGGAACAAACAAAGGAUGUAGAUACCAUGAACUGGGACGAUUUCAAAAGGGUCUUUAAUGAGAAGUAUUAUAACUCAGCAGUUCUAGCAGCAAAGGUCGAUGAAUUUACUGGGUUAGUCCAAGGGAGUCUUACUGUGACUGAGUAUGCACAAAAAUUUGAUAGAUUGGCAAAAUUCGCUCCAGAUCUGGUACCUACUGAUAGAGUGCGAGCACAUCGAUUUGUGGAGGGCCUGAAACCAAUGGUUGCUCGAGAUGUGGAAAUUGUGUCAAGGGGUCAAUUCAGUUAUGCUCAAGUUGUCGAAAUGGCUCUUACGGCGGAGCGGAGUGAAAACAAAAUUUGGAAGGAAAAUGCUGCCAGGAGAGAAUCUAAGAAAGGUGGAGCCAAUUCUAAUGACCACAAGAAACGGGGACAGGACCAGUCCGGGCAGCCAAGUCAAGACAAGAGGUACAAAAGUGAUAACGACCAACGAUUUAAUGGCAGCAGUGGGCGAAACAUUCCAGAAUGCCCUAAAUGUACCAAACGUCAUCUCGGCGAGUGUCGCGCAAAAGCAUGCUACAAAUGUGGAAAAGAAGGACACAUCAAACGCAAUUGCCCACUGUGGGGACAGACUGGGAACAGAGCAGAACCCAAGAAAGAUGACAAGUAUGUUCCAGCCAGAGUUUUUGCCAUCACUCAAGCAGAAGCUGAGGCCAGUCCUUCGGUUGUAUCAGGAUCUUGUUCUCAACAAGGAAAUUCGUUGAGGUGCUCGAGGUAGCAAGUGUGGUCUUAGCAACUGAGGUAAGGGUAAGGCUAAGCAGUGAGAAUGAAGAGCUCGAGGCGUGGACCGCAUGUUAGGGGGCUGGCACAGUAUUUUGCUUUUAAUGUUUUUAACUGCUAAAUAUUUUGGAACUAUUAUUUUGACUUAACUAGUUCUUAUUUAAGUUUACAGUACUAAAAGAAUUUUGUUUUAAACAAUGAGAUCUCAUGCUUGGAUAUUUUUCAAUAAAGAAGUAUUUGUUUGUCUUUAUCUUAUUAAAUUGUUUUAUACGGACUAUCCUAUGUGACAUCUCGGGAAAUCG